AGAUGAAGCAAGGGAAUGUUUUGGCUGAAGUUGCUGACAGAAGAGUUGUUACAUAUGAAAAAAGAUGGAAAUUAAAAAAUCUGCUAAAGAAAACAUAUCUGAGACGUUGGGUUGGUGCACUGGAUGCUGAGGGGAACGAAGCUGAGCUCCGCCAAAUAGCAUAGAUUUCGUUAGAUUGAGAAUCGAAAAUGCUACACUGAAGGAGAGCAUGGAAAGUAUAGAACUCCUGACUUCUACAGUUCAUAGAUUGCGUCUUUCACUUCUUAAGGUAACAGAGUUGAUUAAUUCUAAAGAUUCAGAUGCUAGCGCAUCAGAAACACUUGAUGAGAUCAUUACUGAGGCAAAACUUGUGAAGACUGCCCUUGGCAGCUCCCUGCCCGUUAGUUGGUCAGCCGAGGGAGAUGGUGAACCGAUUGGAGAUAGUAUAGACUGCGAGGCAAGCAAUAUGCUCGAGGAUUCUGGCAGUCGGAAAAUAGAUUCAGUUUCUGCUGCAGGGUUUGAGAUGCUCGAUCUGCUAACGCUUGCUGCUCAGAUAUUAAAGGAAAACCCCCGAACCUGCUCUUCAAGUACACCCUGAAUUUAUCCCGAUCCAUGUUCUAGCCCGGAUUUCAACUUCGACAUAAGCACAUGUGAUGCCAAGUUUUUCAUGUAGAACAACAGCUCUGUAAAAUAGGAGAGGUUGAAGAAAACAAAGUUUCAGGUUUCGGGAAUUCCAUGGCCAAGUGUGAAAAGGGGGUUGGGCUGUGUCUCCUCAGACAAUACCAUACAUCUGUGCAAGUAGUCUGUUUCUUCCAUGGUAUACAUUGAUAUGUUUGUGGUGUUAAUAACUUGAAAAUCUCAGACAAUAUGUUAUGUUCUAAUGAGAUUGGGGGGGGGGGGAACUUA